CCUGAACACCACAUCAGCAGCUGCCAUGACGAAGUAAAUAAAUGGUAGGUAAAAUUUAUAAAGAAUUUCUUUAUAGGUCUAUGGUAUGUCGCGACUUGUGAUAACCAUGUUUUCCGGUUUCCACUUGCGGUUGUGACUCUGUAUUACAUAUGAGAAAAAACUGGCUAUCACAUUGGAAUAAUUGAUAGCACAAGUUGCUGACAUCAGACAUACCUAUUUUUUUUUUUUGUCAUCCCUACAAGUCACUAACUAUAUUAUAGUAAAUUACACUUAAAUACUCAAAAUAGUUAUCACAAUUCACAUAUCGUUUGUCGUUGAGACUCGUUCGGUUUUGUAAACUUAUCGUAUUGAGUGUAGUUUGUGAUAGGCUAGUUAUUACUGUUAUACAUUUUAUAAAAAAUGGAACCAGUUACUCAAAAAGUCACAUUUAAAAUCACUUUAACAUCGGAUCCAAAACUGCCAUUUAAAGUAUUAAACGUAUCGGAAGCAGCACCAUUUACAGCAGUUUUAAAAUAUGCAGCUGAGGAGUUUAAAGUAUCACCUGAAACUUCUGCCAUAAUUACCAAUGAUGGUAUUGGUAUUAAUCCACAACAGACGGCUGGUACUGUCUUUCUCAAACACGGAACAGAACUUCGAAUUAUUCCAAGGGACAGAGUUGGGACAAAUACAUGUGCAUAAUAAUUAAAAUGGCUAAAUAUGUGUGAUAAAUAUACAUUCUAUAAGUAAUACAAAUAUUAUUUUAUUCUAGUUUA